AUGCAUAAACUGGCAGUGUCUCGCGAUUUCGAUUUCCAGGAUUGGUCCUCCUAUACACUUUGUCCGCGGGCGUACAGAUGGGCUUCAAACAGCCUAGGAGGUGGGACGCAGGACAUCCAAUGGAUCCGCGUGUGUAACCCGAUAACCAAGGAGAACACUUUGGUGUUGGUAGACACCCCGGGGUUCAAUGGAGACAACAGAACAGAUACGACGGUGUUAGACAUGGUCAGCCAAUGGAUGUCCUCUCGAUGCCCUGAUGGAAUGAAGCUCUCGGGGAUCAUAUUUGUUCAUCGUAUCAAGGACAACAGGUGCACGCAAGGGUCUACCAGCAUUCGAGUGAACGCGGGUGCGCUCAAAAGGCUUUGUGGAGACAGGGCCUUCGAGAAAAUACUCCUUGUGACGACCAUGUGGGAUUCGCUGAAGGACCUACGCAUUGGUGAAGAGAGGGAGAAGGCACUCGAAGCCGGGUAUUGGGCCGACAUGAUCAAAGGUGGCUCGCACUCUCGGCGUUUCGACAAAUCAGAAGCCUCGGCCUGGCAAAUAGUCCAAGAUAUUCUGGAGAAGCAAAGCGGACCAACGCUCGAGGAGCUGCAGAAAUUCGAAAGACGUCUCAGCCAAACCAAGGCAGGACAAGAAUUGUUGACGCACUUGCAAGAUCUUCGCGCACGGCAGAGCAUUCUCAUUCCGACAAUCGCGUCUCAAAUUACUGAUUCUGGACGUCCUUCGACCGCCCAAGCGACACUCGACGCGGAGCAAGGUCGCUUAGAGGCCGAAGCUCAGAAAGUGUUUGAGGAGGUCAAGUCCCUGAAGGUCUCUUUUGGCGAGAGAAUUUGGAGAUUCUUUUCACAAGGUCGGUCAUGA